UCAGAUACGGUGAUUUGAGUGGUUUCCAGCUAGACUGGCAAAUAUUUGUGAUAUUAUGUACGAUUAACAUGAGAAGGAUUGUUUGAAUAAAGGUAGAAAAUAAUGAUUGGUCCAGGUCCUUACAGGGCAACAAAACUGUGGAAUGAAAUUAUCAAGCUCUUCCGGGGAGGCAUGCCUCUGCGCAGACACUGGGCGCAUUUCCGUAGCUAUGACAACAGCUUCAGCGGCUCCGAGGCCGUGGACUGGCUGCACGCACUCCUGAAGCGCAACCACAACUUCGGCCCGGAAGUCACGCGCCACCAGACGCUGCAGCUGCUGCGGAAGUUCCUGAAGAACCACGUCUUCGAGGACGCGAAGGGCCGCUACGGCAAGGAGGACUUCCAGGACAACGGGCAGCUGUACAGGUUCCCUCCCUCCUCGCCUCUGAAGCCCCUUCCCCAGCGCGUGCCCCUGGCGGAGAAGGGCUUCCUCCCCAAACUACCCAGCUGGGACGACUACGAGGAGGUGGAGCUGCCGGAGAAGGUGCCCAUGAAGCCGCUCAUUUUGAAUUCCGAGUCCUGGAAUAAGAGACACAGCAUCGCCAUCGGGGAAGUGCAGGAAUGCCGGCUGAUCCGCAGGCGGGAGAUCACUCAGAGACACGUGGACCACAUCUGGAAGUCCAUGGCAUUAGCACACCUGCAGAGGGUUCUGGGCCUGGACUCUCUGGAUGGAGUACUGGACACAAAGACCCUGAACCCGAGGCACAUCGUGCACAACGUGUACAGCGUCAACAAGCAGGGUGUGGUGGUGCUGAAGGAGAGAUCAGAUGAUCUACCUCACUGGGUUUUAUCAGCAAUGAAGUGCUUGGCCAACUGGCCCAACGGCAGUGAGGCCAAGCAGCCCAUGUACCCCGGGUUCGAGAGGGACGUGCUGAAGACCGUGGCAGACUACUUCCAGAAGCAGCAGGAGCCGCUGCUCACCUUCCAGCUGUACGAAGUUUUCGUCAAUAUCCUCGGCCUGCUGCAGAAGAGGCAGGUGGCGGUCGAUGCCCUCCAGGUGUGCAGUCUGCUGCUGCCCCCGCAGAACCGCCGCAAGCUGCAGCUGCUGAUGCGCCUGAUGGUGCGUGUGUGCCAGAACCCCCGGCUGCCCGUGCUCAACGACGCCAUCGGGACCCGCACCCUGAUGGUGCAGACCUUCUCGCGCUGCAUCCUGCGCUCGGAGGACGAGGAGGACCUGGACGAGCUGCUGGCCACCAGGCUGCUGACCUUCAUGAUGGAGCACCAGGAGGAGGCCCUGCGCCCCCCGGCCCGACUGCAGAGAGCUGUGGAGGAGCACGUGGCUCACCUGCGCAGGGUCCAGAUUAAGUACUCGGGCGCGGACGCAGACGCCUCCCUGGUGUCCCCCUCGUACUGCAGACAGAUCAGUAAGGCGGAGUUUGAGGAGCAGCGUAUCCGCGGCACCCAGGAGCCAAUGGCAGAGCUGCUGGAGGGCAUCAUCAGCAACAACGACCUGUCCGUCAAGGACAAGAAGAAGAAACUGAAACAGUUCCAGAGGUCAUACCCAGAAAUCUACAGGAGGCGGUUUCCCACGGCAGAGAGCGAGGCGGCGGUGGUUCCGGAGAGGCCUGCAUCCCGGGCGAGACCCCAGCUGAAGUUCCUGGCCCUGAAGAAGCCCUUCCAGACCUUUCAGAGGAGCUGGAGCUUCAGAGCAUGAUCUGGAACUCCAGAGCCUGAGCCUGAUCUGGAGCUUCUGAGCCUGAUCUAGAGCUCCAGCUCCUGAGCCUGAUCUGGAGCUUCAGAGCCUGAUCUAGAGCUCCAGAGCCUGAGCCUGAUCUGGAGCUUCAGAGCCUGAUCUGGAACACUCCAGAGCCUGAUCUAGAGCUCCAGAGCCAGAACCUAAUCUAGAGCUUCAGAGCCUAUGUAGACACACACACUACAGACCAGGUUCAAAUACAUGCUUGAAACCCACCCUAACUCGGAGGACUUCAGUGAGACUGUUUAAAUUUCCUCAAUUUUCCUGCAGAUCUGAGAAUUUUCAAUGAAACAGGGUAACCAAAAUGUACAAUCAUAUAAAGAUUUUUUUCUGGUAUUCAAAGGGUUAAUAUAUUUCAAAAACUGUGUCCCCAGUUUGGGUUUCAAAUAUAGUUCUACAGUCACUACAACUUUCUACAGGGGGGUAUUUACAUUUUUUAUAUCCUGCUCAUAUCAUAUGAUCACAGUGGAGUAUAAAUGAUCUCAACAGAUUAAGCUGUUAAAUUAUUGUGAUUCAAUAAGAAAUGUGAAGCAAAGAUGUCUUUGGCUCUGUUUCGACAUUACUGCAAGCAGCAUGUCAAAGUGUAAUGUAAGCAGGAAAUUGAGUUUUAACCCCGAAACACAUUUCAAAAAUGGGGUGGCACUGAUUUAUUUGGUCCAUUUAUUGGUGCAGUGAUGAACAAAUUAGUUUGGUCACAAAUUAUUAUUUCAAAUGUCUGUCCCAGAACUCUUCGUAUAAUCCCUGUUAUGAUGGUGCUUGCUGUUUUGUGGUAAUGGAUGGCGAGUGAUGGUUGGUGGUUUGAGAUGAUGGAUGGUGAGUGCUGGUUGGUGGUUUGAGAUGAUGGAUGGUGAGUGCUGGUUGGUGGUUUGAGAUGGUGGAUGGUGAGUGCUGGUUGGUGGUUUGAGAUGAUGGAUGGUGAGUGCUGGUUGGUGGUUUGAGAUGAUGGAUGGUGAGUGCUGGUUGGUGGUUUCAGAUGCUGGAUGGUGACUGCUGGUUGGUGGUUUGAGAUAAUGUAGUGUUAUUGGGUGAUAAUAGAUGUUGGUUUCAGUCGGCAGCUAAGAUGGGAGAUGCAGCUGAUAACCCUGGAGAACUGGAACAACUCACAUUGGUUCUGUGACCUACUAUUUAUUUCAGAGACCCUGUCCUUCCUUUAAACUGCUAAUGCAUACAGUGUUUCCAGGAGAAAAUAUGUCUUUCAUUUGCAGUAGUUUUCAUUGAGGAUAAAAAUAAUAAUAGUAAUAUUGAUAAUAAUCCAAUUUUGCCAUAAAUUAUGGUCCCAUGUUCAAUGUUAUUCCUAAGGCAGGAUUGACUUGUAUGUUGAAAAAUACUUUUAUAAAGUGCUUUAUUAUACGAUAAGAGUUCAUAGAUAAUGGUUAACUUGAUUACACUGGAAUACAUUUCACGAGUCCUUGACAAAUUGCAAUUACUUUGUGCCAAUUAACACUAAAUAGGGCUGUGAAUAUUGUGCAUAAUCUGUCAUUCUGAAAAAAGAGGGGCAAUUUGAGUAGCCCCAACUGUAAAUUGAGUUCCUUUAAAUCUUAAACGGGUAUAAAAUGCUGAACAUGUAAAAGCUGUCUACAGUCGGUGACACUGGUACUCAUUUCCCAAAUAUUCCCUUGGAAUUAUGUAGAUUUCCCAGUUCCUAACUGUAUGACUCGUUCUUGAAUAUGUACAAUCAGAUCUUUGCUUGACUGGUUUGUGAGGUUGUCUUUCUCACAUGACUGUGUGUUUUAACACUACUGUGUUCAUAUUAGUGCCUGGUGACAUGAUACUGCUACCAUUUAAUACCGAGAAAAGAUGUGUGUGUAAUGUUGAGUAUUUCACUUAUUUUAGUCUGAUCCGAAUGACUCUAAAUGUUACCAUUCCACUCUAAAUGUGUGUUUUUGUCUGAUUGUGUAAUGCAUGUUAAAGACUAGAAUAUUGUCUUCUAAAAACUGGUGCUUUUUAUAUGAACCUAUGAGCAGUAUGAUAUAGAUUAAGUGUAUCAGGAUGCACUACUUACAAGCUUUGUGCUUCAGUUCAAAAGUGGUAUUUGUAGACUUUUUUUCCUGAGUGCUUUUAACAACGUUUCAGAUGACAUUUAGGCAUGUGAGGGUUUGAGAAUUGAAAUUUCUUUAAAAAAAAAAAAAAUGUUGUUUUGCAUCAAUGUUAAUCCCUCCAGUUGUUUUAAUGCUGUCAUCUCAGAGUUUGUAUAUACAUGAGUGUAAAUUUUAACACUGGAUACAUUUUAUAUGCUUAUUUUUAUAUGUAUACUUAAAAAAAAUGUUUAACCAUUUCAUUGUAGAAAAAAAAAUGUUAA